CGCUUUUAGAGGAUGAUGGGAAACGUAUCUGGAAUCGAGAUUAAUUCAAAAAAUGGCUGCGUCCAUGAAUUCCGAGUGCGGUGACUUUCUGGAAUUUCAGGAUGCUUUGAAAAAGAUGAGAAUUGUCGAUGAUAAGAUUGUGUACGCCCUCAAUACUACCAUUCCAACAGAUUCGUUUAAAGGUCAGGUCAAUCCUUCUGCAUCAUGCAAGGAACUGUAUGAACAGUUAAAAGGUAGCUAUGAGAAAAGGGAAGCUUCCAUUAAAACAUGCAUUACUCAGGUAGCAAAUAAAGUACGUGAACUGAAGACCCAAAGGGAAAAGAAACCAGAUGAUAUUGGACUUUUGAAACAUUUACGAAAAGAACAGACGAAGUUGCGGUUACUCCAGGCAGAGCUCAGUGUUGAAGAAGUUGUUAAAGAACGCAGCACCAAGAUUUAUUAUGAACGAUGUCGACCAUUUUAUAAGCCGCCAGAUCUUGAACUGUAGAAAUGUUAAAAUUUGUACUUUCAUAUAUAGAAAAGAAAUUAGCAAAAAUGAACUUAGAACGCAGAUCAUUUUUCAAAUGUCUGGGAAAAGUUAGCAGUGCUAUUAUAAGCAUACCUCAUUUAAUACCUUUAGAAAGUAAAUGGUUAUAGAUAUAUUGAUAUUUGAAUGUGUACAUUUUGAAAGUGUAUCUAACAGUGAUACACAUUUUGCUUUCAGUACAAGUUUCAGGAGUUCUAUUCUUGAAAACUGUUGAAAAAGUUUCAGAGAAUAACUGGAGCAGAGUAAUACUAGGUAGAUAACCUUUUUCAUAUUUUUCUACAUUUUGUAUGCUAGUAGUUGCUCAAAUAUACAAGAUUUUUCUGUUAAAUAGUUUAUUUUAUACAACAGUCCUUGCUAUACAGUUUUUAUAUUUUCUAGAUAGAAGCAACAAGUAUUUUAAUUCCAAAGACAAACAUAACAAACAAUUGCUUAUCCAUGUUACAUUCUUCACUAAUAAUUCUAUGACUUCCAACAAAGAAACAGUAGUUUAUGUCAUGACUAUAGUUACAUGGUAUACAAAUUAGAAUUUUUAAUAAGGUAAAGAAGUCUUUCUCUUUGACAGUAUAUGUCAAAUACACUUAUUGCAGAUUUUCUAGUUUGAAAUUAUUUAACUCUUGCAAUUUAGGCACACCAACACAUUUUAACUAAAUUUCAACUUAUCAGUUGGUUAAAAGAUGUCUGCAGAUACAGGUACUAACUGGAUAAAACACAGAUUUCUUUACUUUGAAGAAGUUUCAUUAAUCUGCUUGUGCCAGUCCAUAUUCAUUUUCUGAACACUCUCUCCACGCUUCGCAGCCUGUUUUCCACUGUAAACAAAGCCAAUGCAACCUAGUAUUGUGGCUAACAUCAUGUAAUUGGCUAUCUUAAUACGGAUCUUAUUACGAGCCUUUUCCAUUGUUUCUUGAGGCACAGUAGGAGGGACUUCUUCUAAACUUUUAUACUUUCCUGCCCAUACUAAGAACCGUUUUUCCAUGUUGUCUGGUUUGUGAUUUCUGCCAUCUACAACACCAAAGAAAGAUGCAAUAUCACUGCACAUUCAAAUUUUGAUGAUCAGAAGCAAUUGAAGCAAUUGAAUUCUUUAUAUGCAAGUGACUUACUGUCACCAGAUUGCUUUACAACUUUAAAAGUUCUAACGUAAAUGUAUAAUUAUCAAUUACCUUGAAGAAUUCUCAUGGGAUCAUCGACCUUCUUUUCACUAGAAGAAACUGCACUUUUAUCACACAUGACUCUUAUAGUUGAAAUAGACCUUAAUGAGUGCAGAGGUAAAAAUCCUCGGCUGGCGAUGUGCCUUAGUAAUGACAUCUUGCUUGGCAACACAAAAUUUAUCGGACACCGUAAUAAUAAUAAUAUACAAAAUUCGCGGAGAGAAAUUUAGUGAAAAUCAACACUGUUCAUAUCCCAAGAAUUUAUUUCAAAAUGGUAUGUCCACGCACUGAUUUAAUAAACGUGAAGGUACAGAAGGCGUAGCAAUAGUAUAAACUUCCUAUUCAUCCUAUGUGCCUACAACUCAAUAAAGCUUUCUCAGUUGAAGUUUGUGCGUCGCUUAAAUAGCAAUUCCCUACCCCACCCACCUCCUCUGCCUCCCCCCACACUACAUAUACAUAACUCAAUACAACUCUCAGCGUUAGCGAGUGACGUCCUGUUUCCACCAUGAGCGAGUGGUUCUUCUAGUGUUCCCGCGAAUCGCGAGAAACGCUGCAGCAUCAUGACAGCGAGCCAAGGAUGACGUGCAAUAAGCCACGCAAAAGUUACUGCGGGAACGAAUGUAGC